UCAAAACCAAAUGAACAACACGACAACGAACCACAACCGAGCAGCACCCAGAGCCGCAAGACGUCCAAUCUUACAAUGUCUGGACUCAAGCGCGAUUGGACUGGAAGUGCAAAACAGCGAGAUGGGCCGAAGCCUGUGCAGAAACAGGUUGCGAGGAAUGCGUACACGCCCAUGUUUGAGCAGCUCCGCAAUGAACUAGACGAGCACCAUGACCGUCGAGAGCGCAUUGUCAAGGCCUCUAGGGACAUUACGGGUCUGGCCAAGAAGAUCAUCUUCUCGUUACAACGCGUCCGACGCAUUGAGGGCCAGCUACCCGCAAAUAUCCAAGCUGAGGUGGACUCCCGGCUGGCCGAGAUCGCGAAGCUCCUAGCCACCCUCGCGCCCGAGAUCCAAGGGAUAAACCGCUACCGGUAUGCUCGGUCGCUGAUGUGUCUCGAGGAGCUCGUGGAAGCCCUCACAUUCGCCCACUACCUCAAAACACAGACCCUCAUAGGCUACGAGCAGCUCUCUCGCGUCGUUGAAGACCUCGCCAGGCAAGCCGCUGCUCCUCCUGCUCCUGCUCCGGGUACCGAGGACGAGGUCAUGACAGAUGUCCGGGACACGCCAGCAGCAUCACCACCCGAAAAGCCCACGCAGCCCGCAGCACAGACUCCCUCUUCAACGCCCACCAUUUCACUCACCCAAGAUGAUUACCUUUACGGCGUCUUUGAUCUGACGGGCGAAAUGAUGCGCUUCGCAACCACGUCGACAGCGUUGACUGGCACCAUGGCAGGAGGGGGCGGCGAGGGCGAUGGCGGGGAGGACGAUGACCCUCGCACGAUUGUCCAGGACAUGCAUGAAUUGGGCAGCUUCUUUGAGAUGCUGCCCGUGGCCCCCGGGAACCGGUUCGCGUGGGAAAAGAAGCUGACCGUGACGCGUCAGUCGGUGCAAAAGGUCGAGAGGCUCGGCUACGAUCGCAUCAUCCGCGGCAGUGAGCGGCCCAAGGGCUGGAUCCCGGACCUGGCCGCCGGCGAGCGGGGUCAGGCUGAAGAGCUGGAGUAGCUGCCUGCUCAAAGGAUUGACGGAGUAUACAGGUAACUAGUUGCAUCUGACAGGGUAGGACCAUCCGGCCUGGUAUACAGAGGUUCUACAUGCGGAAGGGAGGGAAAAUGUUGAAGGAGCAGACUAAAGCGUGCGGAGUUGUGUCUCGCUCAAGGAAAAGAAGGUCAAUGGGGACCUCCAGUGAUGGAAGCUAGAAGCUCACCUCCAGCCUUGACUGCUGGUGUAUCUAAGGAGGUUUCUGUUUGCAUAUGCCACUCGGGUACAUGAAAAUGCCACCAGAACCAGUCAGUGCAUCACGGGCUGUCAGAUUGCCCUGAAGUUCCCUCUCGCCCGGGCAGACACUUGCAAUGGGUGGGGCUAUUGGGCAGCACUGCAAGGGGUUGGUGAAAUCUUUGCUGCCUAAGGCUACCGCAGACUGCGGGGCAACCCUG